AUGGCGGUCCCCCCACAACAGAGAGGUAGAAAAAUGAUUACGCGAUCGUCGUAUAUUGAGGACGGCUCCUGUCCUGAUCGUAAUCCAAAUCCUCGUAGAAAUACGUAUCCAAUGAGCUAUGAACAGAUAGAAGUAUCCAAAAAGACUCCGAGCACCUACAACAGCUCGAAAUCUCAGUUUCACGUAUCUAAAAAUAGCCGGGACAAUAAGAGUAGCGAUCCUACAACCACAACACGGCGAAGGAUUCCCAUUGCGUGUGGUCGAUGUCGGAAGCGCAAAAUCCGAUGCAGUGGUGACCCUGGCAAUGGAGGACCAUGCGCAAACUGCAAGAUAUCGGGAAACGAGAUUUGUCAAUUUCUCAGGGUUUCAUCACAGUUGACAACGAUGAAGAGCGAUGUUGCUCCCAUACCCAUAGACUAUGAACCGACCGUCAAUAAUCGCUUGUCAUGUCGGAAUUCCAAUUCAUAUUGUCCGCCGCAGAUGUGUAGUGUACAGGGACCUCUAUCCUUUGAUCCAUACUCCUAUCGCAGCCAGUCGAUACAGCCCUCGCUCCAACCUUUAAUGCAAUCUCCGAUGCCAUCGCCAAUACAAUCUUCAAUUAGUAAUUCGGCACCAACUUCACUUCCAUCAACACUCCCGUACCAUGUAAAGACUAAUUCCAUGUACGAAAUGAAUACACCUUACGACUUUCCCGUCCAGAACCUUGAGUACGGCAUGCAGACGUCGCCCACGUGUGCACUAUCGCUUGAACAAUAUUCAUCCGACUAUUCAAGUCCAAAUCUACGUGGCUGGAAUUCAACGUCAAAUGUAGCUCCUGCGCUCCAGUACUCUCGGAUGCCAACAUUCCUCGGUGUUUCUGGUGCAGGUCCUGACAAUCCUGCGGUAGCUGCUGAAUACCAGAACCACAGUUAUACCAUUGACAAUAAAGCUCGACCGAUGAGUGGAAUAUGUCCAUUUCCGGCUUCUAAUAUGAGAAUGGCUGGUGAUAAUAUUCGACAACUCCCGGACCCAUCGGCAAAUAGGCCAGCCAUUAUGCCCCAAUUUGUUCGCUCGUCUGAUAACUAUACAUCGCAAGUUUUUGGCAAUUACCAGCAUGAUCCUGACUAUGCAUAUCUCCCAACCCUCCGAACGCACAAUAUAGAGGGUAUUCAAGAAGAAAACAGCUUGUCGCAUCCAUACCUUACGCACGCGAAUAGUAACCAAGUCACCCUUUCGUCGUCACAUUUAGCUUACGGCUCGCAACACCUCACUUUGAACCAACCACAAGAAGCUUAUGGCACGUCUAUUCACGAAGCUCUAUAUCCUGAGAAAUACUCUUCUCCUACCAUGGACAUGUCCGAUAUGAAUCAGGUCUCGACGACGGGAUACCCUACUCCCAUCAGUAUUCAAAUCCCCUUUUCCCCUAUCGAUCUUCAACGAUGCACGCCCAAUUCAGAUUCUGCGCCAUAA